CCUAACGCGAGGGUGUCAAAAACGCUACAAACAUCUAAUACCAUCCUAUCACUCAUCGUCCUUUUGAAAUCCUUGCCGGCCACGACCAAUUCGAUCCCCUAAUGCCAUCUCACCAGCCUUUUGAUUUAAGCCCCUAACAAAAUCUCCUUUAUCAGUGUACUUGGAAGAUCGUGCUCGUGAUGCAUCUUCUGCCUCUCGAUCCGCUCGCUCCUGUUCUGCGAGGGCUGCCAGGCGCUUUUCACGAUCAACGUCUAGUUUCGAAGCAUCUUCUUGCAUUGCAGCAAGCUUCAGUUGACGCUCAGCCUCUUUGUCUUCAGAAUCAUCUGUCUUCGCCACCCUUGGGGCUGGGGCAUAACUGCGUCCAUUUCGCGUGUCAUUAAAUCGAUCCUUGGCACGAUCUGGAUAAUCGUUAUUUCGGUAACCCCUAUCGCUUCGGUGCUCCCGAUUUGCAGGAUACGAGCUUCGUCUGUCAGGAGAUCUUCUCCGGGGAGGGGAAGGCGACCUAGAAUCGACAGAAGAAGAAUUCCGACGGCGUCUGCCAUGAUAUUUUUCUGCUCGGUCUCUUUCCCGCAUCACCGGUAAUGCUGAUCGUGAAUUCCUAGUUCUGUCAUCGCUAUUCCUUCUUCGAGGGGGACUUCGUGAUCUUGAAUAUGAUGGCGACCUCUUUCUACGAUGCUCUGAGCGGCUGCUUCUAUGACCUCGUUCUUCAUCGUGCUCUCGCUUCCUGCGCUUGUGUCUUCGUUCAUCACCAGAGUCAUCACGAUGUCGGUGUGUUCGCUCGUCACCCGAGUCAUCACGACGUCGAUGGUGGUGUCGCCGAUGCUUCUUCUCCCUUUUAGUUUUCGACUCUUCGCCAGCCCCAGCCAAUGCGAGCAUUUGUCGUCUCUUGAUAGGGUCAUUCAUCAUAGCCUCAUAAGCGGCUUGCUCCUGUUUCUUGAUCGCCAGCAUGGGAUCUUCACGAAUCUUGGCCGUCGUGUCUCGCAGAGUAUUCGCAUGCUGCAGUGCCAUGAAGCUAUCCUCAGAUGCCUGUUUCUCCAACUUUUUGUGCUCAGUGCCCUUUAACAAGCCAUCGAUUCGUCGUUUCCCAAGUAAAUAUCCCUCCAUCUCCUCUGUGGUCCCAACCUGACCACUAGAUGGGCCUUGAUACAUCCAAUCCACACGGUCAACACGCUUCCGACUCCCUGCCGCUUCGAGUUUGUUUUGUAUCUCCUCUUUGGCUCGUUCCUCCUUCAACUCCUUGAUCCUCUGGUCUGUACGUUUUCGUUCAUCUAGGGCUUUUUUCUCUUCCUCCCACACCCGCCUUUGAUUGCUCAUGAGCACGGGGUGCCAUGACUUCUUCAAGUUGAGAUCGCCUCCCAUUUUGGUGGUAUAGGAGAGUACUUGGUAAAACUUGCGAUCCCAGGAAGAAAUGAAGUCAAAAGACCACACAAUGAUAUUAGGGGGUUGGUACGAAAACCAGCUGCUGAUAUUUGAAGGAAUAAAAUACCAACUUCAAAUGCUUAGAUGGUCCGCGAAUCGUGAAUCGUGAGUGCGAUGAGGCGGUGGUUUUGAUUCUAUUUUGUUGACAGGCAAGAGCAGGUCCUGUCGGAUAGUUGAGGUGGAGGUGGACAUGCAGCCUAGGUCAGUGCGCAGUGUGACGGGAUGCAGGGAUUAUGGUGGAGGCACCAGCAGCCUGGCUGAGAGGCUGUACUACGCUACCUUCACCCAAUAGAAGAGCUCCUUAGCUCCUUGAGAGCUAGCACAGUGGACAGCCAACCGACAGCUCCAGGCAAACAAACCACCACAUCAAGCCAGAGCCUUGCCUUGUCAACCUUGUCUUCAUCCUCCACCCCCACCACAUACACACUCCGAUCUCUUUCCGACUCUCAACAUCUUCAUCCUCCAACAACGCCACCUAAGAUCUUUGAUAUCAGAUCUACGCUAUCACCAUGUCCGACGACGAGGAUUUUAUGCAAGAUUCCGACCAGGAUGGGUUUGUACAGUUCCACCACUGCCUUUAACUAUCGCUCAUAUAACAUCAUAGAUACGACUUUGAGUAUGAAGAAGACGACGAUGACGACAAUGGCGAUGUAGACAUUGAGAACAAGUACUACAAUGCCAAACAAUUGAAGACGACCGACCCAGAAGCCGCCAUUGAAGAGUUCCUGGGAGUACCCGCUUUGGAGUCUGAGAAAGGCGACUGGGGAUUCAAGGGUCUGAAGCAAGCAAUUAAGCUCGAGUUUAGGCUUGGCCAAUAUGAUAAGGUACGCACUGCUUCAGAAAUCUAUACCUCCUCUGAGUAUCUAAUAAGAAUGGCAGGCCGUGGGUCACUAUACUGAACUCCUCACCUACGUAAGAAGCGCCGUCACACGAAACUAUUCGGAAAAGUCCAUCAACAAUAUCCUUGACUACAUUGAAAAGGGAUCUGAAGAUGAGAAAGCUGGUCAGUGCAUGGAGGAGUUCUACUCGCAAACACUUCAAUCCUUCCAAAGCACAAACAACGAACGUCUCUGGUUGAAGACCAACAUCAAGCUUUCGAAGCUCUAUCUGGAUCGCAAAGAUUAUUCUGCUGUCAUGAAGAAGAUCAAAGAGCUGCACAAGGCAUGCGAAAAGGAAGAUGGCACGGAUGAUCCAAGCAAAGGCACAUAUUCCUUGGAGAUAUACGCACUCGAGAUUCAGAUGUAUGCCGAAACGAAGAACAACAAACAAUUGAAGAGACUAUAUGAGCGUGCUUUGAGAGUCCGAUCUGCUGUUCCGCAUCCAAAGAUUAUGGGCAUCAUCCGGGAGUGUGGUGGAAAGAUGCACAUGAGCGAAGAAAAUUGGAAGGAUGCACAAAGCGACUUCUUCGAAUCUUUCCGCAACUACGAUGAGGCAGGCUCACUUCAACGAAUCCAGGUUCUGAAGUAUCUUGUUCUUACUACGAUGCUGAUGAAGUCUGACAUCAAUCCAUUCGAGUCGCAAGAGACGAUGCCAUACAAGAACGAUCCACGUAUAGCAGCCAUGACAGACCUCGUUGAUGCGUACCAACGUGAUGAUAUCCACAGAUACGAAUCGGUCUUGAAGAACAACAAGGAUCUCAUGUCAGAUAGUUUUAUCGCCGAGAACAUCGACGAGGUCACACGAAAUAUGCGAACCAAAGCAGUUCAGAAGCUCAUUGCACCCUAUACCCGCUUCAACCUCGCGUUCAUUGGCAAAGCACUGAAAAUUUCCGUCACCGAAGUCCAAGAUAUCCUGGGCUUCUUGAUUGUGGACAAGAAGGUCAAGGCAAGCAUCGAUCAAGAAGGCGGAACUGUCGAGAUCGAAGACACUACCGAUGCUGAACGUCUUCGAGCUAUGCAGGCUUGGACCUCGUCAAUUGGAACCUUAUACAAGACAGUCUUCGCUGAGGGCGAGGGCUUCAAGACUUCCGAAAUACCCCAACUCGGUGAUGAAAACAGCAUGUCCAACACCAUGUCAUUUCCAGGUCCUGGCGGUGCCUCUCGAGGCUUUGUAGGUGUCAAGGGUAAGAAGGGGUUCAAGAAGAACUAUGGGGCAAUGUGAGUAGGCCGCGCAGAUUAGUGGGACCAGUGUUAUGUUUAUGUAGGGACUAAGAUGGAUCCAUGGAUGAGAAAAGUCAUCAGGAAUAUCCAAUGAUAGAUCCAUGGAUGAGAAAAGUCAUCAGGAAUAUCCAAUGAUCACAUGAUUGAUGAACAAAUAAUGAAGGGAAUGGGGCGUACUACGGUAUAGCAUUUGCCUAGAAUUACCGACUGAUGCAUUGGGAAUUUACUCUCGCAUGCUACGAAGGCAGGUGCUUCAUAGGCAUACAUACAAUAGCCCGCGUUGUUUUACCAAAUGCGAGGAUUGGGUUAAGCGAGGCGUUGAAUGGCAUUUUCGUAGUUUUUUCUGUGCUACUUGCUUAACUUACCGAUGUGAUGUUUCUAUUGCUCUACAUUGAAUCUGACAUGAUAUCCAAAAUUCGCA